AUGUGUGCCCAGAUACUGAAGGAAAGGAGUUUGGUGAAGGAGAAGGGCGAGGUGUUGUACGAAAUCAUUGCGUUUGAUGAGAGCAACUGCGAUAGCCCCCGUAGCGAGUUCUCCAAGCAUGGGCAGAAUUUGAUUGUGGGCGGAUGGUUUUCCAAGGCCGCGGUGGACGAGAUUUUGGGAAUGUUCGCGAUGGAUACGGCUGCAAACAACAGGACGCGCCGGCUAGCAAUGACAGCAACACCAUCCUCCCACCCGCUGCGCACCGUAAAGGAUAACAACACAAUGAGUUCAGUUUCUCACAUGUUCGUAUGGGGCGUUACAUUAGCUCUUAUUGCUAGACCAUGGCUCACUGGGGAUCAGCCAACGAUACAUUGGAAGUUGCAAAUAGUUCAGUUAAUGAUCGCGAUCGUCAUUUUAUUUAUCGCCAUCCUAUGCGCGUUCCACGUCUUCAGCAUGUUCGCAGUUCACGUUUUAAGUGCUGAGGCUUUAGAGCGGUUUCAUGCCCAGCGAGAGAUAUGGAAGCAUUUCAAAUCUUCCACUUCUGGCGAGGAUAAAGUUGGUAUACAGGACACGUUGGAAUAUGCACGCUCAACUGCACAGCGAUUGUAUGGGGAUCCCGGUGGCAUAUUUUUCCAUCGCUGGCAUCGUUCCCCAAUCCUUGUCAUACCAAUACACUGCGAUGCCAAUGGUCUUUGCUCGAUCGUGCAGCAGCAUUAG